AUGGCAACAAGUAUUCCAACCUACGACGUGGCUAAUCCCUUGACACCUGAGGUGUUAGCUAAGUUGGAGGGUGACAGGACAGUCACUCGCAGAAGAAUUACAACUAUCUGCCGAGAAGUCGAAAGCAUUAUAGAUGCAAACGGCUCUAUUGGGAGCCUGAAGGUAAUGCUGACGAAGAUUAGAACUUUGCUGUCAACACAUGAGCAACUGAGUGAAAUACUCAUUGCACAUAGUACAUCAGAGGACGACACAGAUAAACAGUUUCAAGCCCAGCUAAAGUAUUUACGCAAGGUAGCAGACGUUGCUGACGCAAUCAAAGCUUACAGAGUGUCACAGAACGACGUCACCUCAUCAACAGCAUCAUCGGCUGCAAGCGUCAAAAGCUCUCGUUCAAGCCAAAGGGGCCCACUAUCAGAAACUGAGAAGAAAUUGAAAGAGUUGGAUGAAGAGAAAAGGAGGAAGAAGUUGGAAUUUGAACAGGCAAAUGAAAGGGCCAAGCAGGCCAAACAAGAGCUGGAUCGUGUGGAAAUGGAGCUAGAAAACCUGGAUGUGGACGAAUGGAAGUUGAGGCAUCCAGGCUCCCCAGUAGAAGAUGGCGCUGGAGGGCGAACAAAGGUAGAAGAUUGGUUUCGAACGUUAUCACCUAGCCAACCCGCAGAAAGCCAAGCACCAGAUGGCUGGAUUGAAGAUUAUUUGGCAGAUAGGGUUGAAGUCUCUACACAGCGGUCGACCAAGUUUAAAUCUGCAGAUCUAGAAUUCUACGGUGGGGACCCAAUUGACUGGUUCUGCUGGAUUGAUUUAUUCAAAGUAUUAGUGCAUGAAACCCCAAAGUCCCCUGGGGAGAAAUUGGCGAUUCUGAAAGGACACCUGACGGGAGAAUGCCAAAUGACAGUCAAGACGUUGGGUGGUGGAGAGCCGGCCUACAAAGAGGCCCUGAAGAGAUUGAAGCAAUCAUUUGGAAGACGAGAUGUGUUAAGGGUGGCACAUUUACAAGCUUUGGAGCGCCUGGAAAGAGGAAAUAAUGCAACGGCAUUCCAACGAUUUGCUGAUCGAGUGCGAGCCCAUCUAUUCGACUUGAGUAGGAUAGGCGAGACUGCGCAGCCAGACAUCAUUGAAAAGAUCUGCCGGAAGUUGGCCCAGCCCGACCGACUUGCGUGGAAUGAUAAGAAGCCGUAUGGGGCCAGCGAAACGAGGUCAUUAGAAGAAUUUGCUGAUUGGCUAUGCCAGCGAGCUGCGGCAUACCAAAACGCCUACGAGAUCGUCGCCGAAUCAAGCGCAGAAUCCGGAAAGAAGAAUAGAACCCAGGGUCGAUCGCACCAAACGUCGAUUCAGAUUCAGAAAGAAGGUAAACCAGGUGGAGACUCGCCUAUUAAGAGAACUCCUUUUUGUUAUCAGUGCAAAGGACAACAUCGAUUGACUGACUGCCCAGCGUUUCAGAAGCUGGCGGUUGGAGAAAGAUUCACGUUUGUCCAAACCCACCGAUUGUGUUUCAACUGUUUAGGCGCCAAUCAUUCGGUGAGAUUCUGCAACCAAUGGAAAGAGUGCGGUGUGAACGGUUGCAACCGGCGUCAUCACCAUCUCCUACAUCAUGACGACAAACCAGCUGCAGCUAAGGGAGCAUCAGCCAGAUGCUCCAAAGACGAACUUCAGGAAGAGGUUGCGAUGGGGGUGAUGAAUGUACGAGUCCAAAAUUCCCGAGGAGAGUAUGUGUGGGCCAAUCUGUUCAUCGAUGAAGGAAGUAACACAUCCCUGGCAAGAAGCGACUUCAUUCGGAGUUUAGGAAUAGAUGGAGAGGAUCAGAAAUUAGAGAUGAAAGGAAUCGGGGGAGUCAGCCGCUGUUACAACACAUCCAAAGAAGUAAUCCUGACCGUUAGGUUAUUGACAGGAGGGGAGACCACCAUUAAGGUUUCCACGAUGCCGAGGGUAACAGAUCCCAUUCCGUACGUCGAUUGGAACAAACUGAAGACCCGUUGGAAACAUCUCAAAUCCCUACCGAUCAAAUCAGCAGGAGGGCAGGUGGACUUGUUGAUUGGAGUUGAUCAUUACCACCUCAUCGUCCCGACCGAGUCUAGGGUCGGAGAAGAGGGAGAACCGAGUGCAGUAAAAACACAAUUCGGAUGGUACGCUCGUGGAGUCAUCGGAAGCAAGUUAAGAAGACCACCAACUAGCCACACUGUUAGAGCCGUGCGCAGCUAUUCGUUACGAGUCAACGCCGCAUUGGAGAAGGAGCUUCGAGGAUUUUGUGAAACGGAGAAUUUUGGCACUGAAACCCCAAGACUUGUGAUGCCACCCGAAGACGAAAGGGCGGUGAAGAUUGUCGAGGAGGGAACCAGGAAGCUAGAAAUAGGAUAUGAGGUGCCAAUACCAUGGAAGGAAGGAGAACCUUCACUUCCAGAUAACAAGAGGCGGCGUACCAAAUGGCUCAAGAAAUACAUCGAUGCGGGAUACGUGAGCGAGGUGGAAGAGGAAGGUGACCCGAUCAGCGCGCAAUACUUCCUAGCCCACCAUGGUGUUUACAAGAAGUCGGCGUCGGAGAGGAAGCUGAGAAUAGUGUUCGACUCAGCGGCCCAAUUCCAAGGAAAGUGUUUGAAUUAUGCGAUGCUGACCGGACCGACACUUCAGAAUAUGCUGCCAUCUGUGCUGAUAAAGUUUAGAGAAGCGGAAGUUGCAUUUACUGCGGACAUCGAGGCGAUGUUUAGUAGAAUUCGAUUGAGACCACAAGAUGCCCGUUACCACCGUUUCCUGUGGCGAGAGGAUGGAUCGUCCGAAAUCAAGACUCUUCAAAUGGAUCGGCUGGCGUUCGGUGACAGAUGCUCUCCAUUUAUUGCAAUCAACACGAUACGAAGGGCGGCCGCAGAUUCCGGUGUCGGGGGAGAAGCGGCAGACGCGGUUCACAACAAUCUGUACAUGGACGAUUACUUGGAUUCAGCCAAGAAUGUGGAUUUAGCAGUUGAGCGGGCCACUGGCGUAAAAGAAAUUCUGGCGGCGGGAGACUUCCAUUUUAAGACAUGGCUUUCAAAUUCUCCUGACUUUCUAAGGGCGAUGGGUGUGGAUCCGUCGGAAAAAGAAGAUGACCAUCCACUAUCAGUUCCGGACGACUCCACAAAAAUUCUAGGCGCAUGUUGGAGGCCUAAUCGAGACGUCCUGACCUUCGUCCUAUCGGAGUUAAGUGAGGUGGAGUUUACCCGAGCUGGAUUGGCGAGGAAGGUGGCCGGACUGUACGAUCCACUAGGACUAGCCGCACCGACAAUAAUUAAGGCCAAAAUUCGUCUGCGGGAGCUUGGAACGCGCGGCCUGGAUUGGUGCGACGAAGUUGAUCCCGAGGAUAAGGAUUGGUGGAGGAGAUGGAUCACUUCAUUGGCAGUAUUGAAUAAGUUAGAGGUCCCGCGCUGUUUAUUUCCGGAUCGAGAAAAAAUAUGUCGAUCAGAGCUGCACACCUUUGCGGAUGCAUCCCAGGAGGCGUUCGCGGCAGCGGUCUAUAUCCGGAACCAGUAUGCGGAUGGAGCCAACUUGAACUUAAUCAUGGCAAAGACAAAGCUAGCUCCUAAAAAAACUAUCUCUAUUCCAAAAUUGGAGUUGCAGGCAGCUUUAUUGGGAGCCCGGCUGGCUGAUUUCGUCUCCAAGUCUCUUCGAGAACCCAUAAGGAGCCGUAAAUUCUGGACGGAUUCUUCAUGUGUGCGGAAUUGGAUCCGGUCAAACGCGGCGUACUACAAACCUUUUGUGGAUCAUCGGAUCGGUGAGAUUCAAACCUUGACUAGGCCGGAGGAGUGGAGAUACGUACCCGGAAAAUUGAACUGUAGCGAUGUGGCCACUCGGUCCUCGCUCGAAUCGGACCAUCAAAUUCCAAAUUCGUGGGUCAAGGGUCCUGACUUCCUGUACCAAACCGAAGAUUGUUGGCCACAGGAUCUACCUUGGAUGAAAGUGACGGAGGAAGGUCGGUCCACCCGCGAGAGUCGGUGUCACAUCGCUAUCAACACCGAAAAUGCUUGGGAGUCAGUGAAGAUUGAUAUCAGUGAAAUUCCAGCGCUUAUUCAACUGGAGGAGAGGUAUAUGCAAUUACUGAAAGCUUGUCAAGAGGAGUCAUUCGUGGAGGAGCUGAGGCGGUUGAAGAGACUACAGCCGUUGAAAAAUGACUCCAAAUUACUCUCGCUUUCGCCUUUCAUGAGCCCAGAUGGUCUUAUUCGUUUAGGUGGUCGCGUUGGAAAGGCAGCAUUACCCUAUGACAACCGUCAUCCAAUCAUACUGCCGUCACAACACCCCCUAACGGAACGAAUAAUCGAGGCCUUCCAUCGCAACUUACAUCACCUCGGCGUGGACUUCGUACUUGCCCACAUUAGACAGCAUUUUUGGAUAGUCGAUGGUCGGGAAGCCGUGAAACGAGUGAAAAGGAAAUGUCUGGAGUGUCUGAAAGAGAGAGUCAAACCCGGAAUUCAGCAGAUGGCGGAGCUGCCGGUGGAGAGGCUCGAUAUGUUCGCCCCUCCUUUCACGCAUACCGCUGUGGAUUACUUCGGACCGAUGGAGACGAGUAAUUACAGAAAUCGCACCCUGAAGAGAUAUGGAGCGCUAUUCACGUGCCUCACUACAAGAGCCGUGUUCCUCGACUUAGCAGACGACCUGACAUCUGAUCAAUUCUUGUUGGUUCUACGGAGGUUCAUCGGAAUUUACAACCAGCCAAGAUCUAUGCAUUCGGACAAUGGCACCAAUUUUGUUGGGGCGGAAAGGGAAUUAAGGGAGCUUCUUACCAAUAUUCAACAACCGGGGGAGCUGAGUGAUUUCAUCAAGAAACGGCGAAUACAUUGGAGUUUCCAGCCACCGAGAGCUCCUCACUUCGGAGGCGCCCAUGAAAGUCUCGUGAAGUCAGCAAAGAAGGCCCUCUACCGAGCUCUGGAGAUUGAGAAGUCGCAAUUUCGCCAUCCAACGGAUAGUGUACUCCGCACUGUCCUGUUUGAGGUAGCUGGCUUGCUAAAUAGUCGCCCGCUCACGUACGUGAGUUCGGAUCCAGUGGAUGUUAGGCCGUUGACUCCAAACGAUCUAAUGAACCGAUCACCUGUCAUCUACUCACCGGCCGGCGAGUUCGCAGAUGCCCUACCGCGGGAGAAUUUCCAUUACGUGCAAAAAUGUGAGAAAAUGUUUUCCGAUAAUGAGCUGCGAUUGGCUACAGUCUCAAACCUGGUGUUCAAACUAUCGUGGCUAGAAAGUGAUGGCAAAAUGAGAAGAGCAGAACCUAUAUUAGAGUGCGAAUACCAACGCUUACAGGGUGUUGGGGAAACGUCUGACUCUUCAGAGGAAAGCAGCGAUGGGAUAUCAUCAUCUCGAUCCGACCAGUCCACUAAAAAAGAAAAAAGACCAACUUCUUCUCCAUUAGGUAAAAUUGAAUAA